AUGGCACGGAAGCAUGCGAUAUGGAGGUUUAUUACUUUGAUUGGCACAGUAUAUUGCUCCUCACAAGUGGAGCAUUAUGAUACUUUCGAAUUGGAACCAGGUGAUCAAAUAAUACUGUUCCCGUUUAUCUUCAAAGGGAAUAACAUCAUUGCAUUAUCAACAACCAGAUAUAGGGACUUGGAUAGGAAGCGAACCUAUCUGGUGGAGGAUGUCAUAGAUUUUCUUGGUAGCAUCUCUCAUGUUAUAUGGAAUUUUACGGUUGGCCGUAUAGUAUGUGCGGAUGAUAACCGAUUCCAAAGAUCGUUUGAUGAAAUAAUGGAAGGAUAUUUGAAGGAGAUAUCUUUAGAUGCAACAAAGAUAUACAUGAAAGGGAACAAAAGCUUUGGCGAGUUGUUGGAAAUGAUAUACGAAAGAAUGUUUAAAUUCAAUGACAAAAGAGGUAACUAUAUACUAAAAUAUGGGUCGGAUAUCACGAAAAAAGCCAAUGACAUGAUAGAAGACAUGCCUCAUGACUUGGAUAAAAAAAAGAAGGAGGAGUGGGAAGUAUUUUUAAAUGGUAUUAAGAAAUGCGGAGAAUCUUUCCGUGAUACAGAAAAAUGGAGACAGUUGAUUGAGCUAGAAAAGAUAGCUUGUAAUGCAUGCAAGGAGAUCUGCCUCGAUUUGAAAGAGGAGGAGCUGAUGGGACUGUUUGCUGAGGGAAUCAUGAGAAAGUCUUUGAAAGUGAAGCUUGGUGAAGAUGAAAUCAGUAGUAGAGGAUACUUAGAGUAUAUUACUAUUAGCGCCAAGGUGUUGUUAGGUGCACGUAAAGAACACGGGGGAGAGGUUAUGAAGGAGUUGGUCAUGCAGAUGCUGCUGGGGAAGAAGGGAGAGGAAAUAGACAAAAGAUAUGUAGACAGGGUUGCAGGUGUAGUCAGAGAAAGACAGAGAAGAAGAGAAAGGGAGAUAGAAAAGAAUAUGAAAGAGCUUCUGAGGGACGAGGAGAAGGCAAAAAGCAAGAAGAAGGGGAAGAAGAAGAGUGUGGGAGUCUCUGAGGCCAAGGAAGAGGAGAAGAAGGAGAGCGGGACAGAGGAGGUGGAGGCGAGUGAGGAGGUUGGGAUACCGUCCGUGGAGGUUGGAGGAGCACGUAGGAAGACAGGUAAGAAGAGCAAGGGUGACCAGAAGCGCUUCAAGAUCCACAGUAGGGUUCUCCGGUGGAGAAAGAGCCCAGAGAAGAUCAAGGAGGAGUGGGACAGGGGAAGUGAGGAGAGGUGGAAGGGAAGGUCUCUUGAAGAGAUCAAGGAGCAGAAAAUAGUGCAUGAUAUAACGGGUGUGCUGGAACUUCUCAGGAGUGAAGAUGCAGACAGAUUCUUCAUGGAUGCAGGAGAGCACAUGAAGGGCGGGAGUGAGAGGCAGAGGAUGGUGGCGAUUGGAGCUCUUGAGACUGGGGGACAGAGGAUGACAGGAGUGGUGGAGGUUGGGACGUUCAAGGAUGGGGAUGGAUGUCCGGUUGUGUACCACCUGAGGUUCAGGCCAACCAGUAUAGGGUCGAUAGGAGAUGUUAUAAACCCAGGGGUUGUUGAAGCAAGUGAUGUAGGCAGGGUAGACGAGGGUGAAGAAUGUGAGGAUGCGGACAAGUUUGUGUAUCCAAAAGGAGUAAGGUUUGAAACGGUGAAGGAGACAGGAUCAUUUCAGAUAGUGUGGAAGAAUCCUUCGGAUACCUCUGAGGUUCUCCGUCGUCUUAUUGUUUAUUGCAGGCCAUGUGUGAUCUGA